AAAUAAAUUAGAAUGGGGAGAGUAUGAGUUAUCCUCCCAAUAUCCUCCACGUUUACAUAAAUUACUGUGCACCCAAUCCCCUUUAUAAACCACAGGUGCCUCCAUUUUCACUGCUUAUCGUAAAUUCCAAGUUUCCAACCCGCACCAGUCUACCACCGUGAACCGCCGUGCCGCCACUGUUCACGGCUGUUCAGAACGUCGAGCCAACAAACAUAGAGGAUGGAGGAUAACAACAUCAUCGCGCCGUUCGUUAUGAAGACGUAUCAGAUGGUCAACGAUCCCAAGCUAGACGGGCUCAUCGCUUGGGGCAGAGACAAUAACAGUUUCGUCGUCGUCGACCCGCUGGAUUUUUCCCAGAAAAUCUUGCCGGCGUUCUUUAAGCACAGCAAUUUCUCAAGCUUCGUCCGGCAGCUCAACACUUAUGGAUUCAGGAAGGUGGAUCCGGAUAAAUGGGAAUUUGCGAACGAGUGGUUUUUGAGAGGGCAGACGCAUUUAUUGAAGAACAUUGUGAGGAAAAAACACGGCAGGGUAUCUUCAUCGGCGGCGUUGUUACAGCAUAAACAUGAAGACGGGGAAGAUGAUGAUGAUGAGGAGAUUGUUGCAGAGAUUGAGAGGUUGAAGGAAGAACAGAAGGCACUGGAGCUAGAGCUGCAGAGCAUGAACAGGAGGCUGGAGGCGACGGAGCGGCGGCCGCAGCAAAUGAUGACGUUCUUGGGUAAAUUCGUCGACGACCCGGAGAUUUUAACCCGGAUGAUGCUGGAGAAAGAGAGGGCUAUAAGGCUCAGCUUGAGCAGCGGCGAGAAGAGGAGAAAGCUCGCGAUGUCGGAAAGUUCGUCGGUGAAGAGUGAGGAAGUAGAGGAGGAAAGCGGCGGCGGCGGAGGAGGAGGAGGAUGUACAAUGAUACGAGGAGGGGCAAUCUCGUCAAUUUCAUCCCCGGACGCGAAUUUCGAUGUGGAUACGUUUUGUCAGUCGUCGCCUGAGACGCCGUCACCGGCCGCUGUUUGGUUGAGCGGCAGACAAGUUCUGGGUGGGUUGCCAAUGAUAAACCACUUUGGACCUUACGGUGGCAAAAAUAAUUGUGCCACCAUUUCCACGACGUCGUCCUUGUCGUCGGGGUCCUCCGAGAGCUGCAGCUACACGGUGGCGACGCCGUUGGAGGGUUUUCCGAAUUACGAUCAUAGGGGCACCGGAGAUUCUAGUUGCUACGGCGGCGGAGGAAGUUUGAGUGGUGAGGCUGCUAGUCCACCGCCUCCUUAUCCUUUUUCACUUUUAGGAGGUGGUUUUUAGUUGGGCAUGUCACAAGAUUUAUUUUGGGGAAUAAAAAACAUUUUUCUUUUUUUCUUUUUUUUUUUUUUUUUUAAUUUUAUCGUAACCAAUACAAAUUCAAUUUGGUAAAAUCUAGGAUUGGGUGAAACCCCAUUUGCAUUCUGUAACUCAUUUUACUCCCUGUAAAGUUUUUGAGUACAUAUGUUGAGAAAAAAAAAAAAAAAAAAAAGCCCCACCAAAAAUCAUGUCAAA